UUUCUUUGACAGACUACACGAGCUGCCGAAAUUUUGCAAAGUUUUACUUCUUUUGUGAAAACUCUAAAUUAAAGAAAAAACUAAUUCAGCAAAAUGACUAACGCCUGGAGAGCUGCUGGCCUUACCUACAUCCAAUACUCCAACAUCUGCGCCCGUGUAGUGCGUCAGGCUUUGAAAUCCGACUUGCGUGCCGAGGCUGCCAAGCGUAACGAAAGCCAUGUCAAGUUCACACCAUGGGCUGAUGGCAAACCUGCCCCUCGUGCUCAAGCCAGCGAAUAAAUUUAAUCAUAUUUGUAUUGGUUAAAUA